AGAAGCGUGGUGACGUAAUACAGAGGCUCCGCCCUCUUCCUUGAAGCGGAGAGACCCCAGCUGCUGCAGCUCGGGCCAAUUAGAGGGAAGGCGCCAGGAUGGCAUGGAAGAGUAGAGUUUGCUGAGAUGGAGGAAAAGAAGCAUUCCAAGCCAGAUGAACAGGGAAAAUAAAGAUGUGGGACCAGGAAAGAGUUCAAGACAGGGAACAAGGGCCAGAAGCAGGCUUCUGUGGGUUGGAGCUAAACAAAGAGGAUGGCACGAAGCCCCAAGGACAGGGCGCCCUCUCCUGAUCAAAGGCGGGAACAGCUCUGGCCCGCAGUUUCCGGUAUGGACCUCACUGGAUCUCAAUACCUGUGAUGGUUCGCAGCGGAGAGGUUUGACAAGAUGUACCAGGUCCCACUGCCACUGGACCGGGAUGGGACUCUGGUCCGACUCCGCUUCACCAUGGUGGCCCUGGUCACAGUCUGCUGUCCACUUGUCGCCUUCUUCUUCUGCAUCCUCUGGUCCCUGCUCUUCCACUUUGAGGAGACUACGGCUACACACUGUGGGACAGUGGUAUGGGGUGCUGGGCCAGGAAGAAAGAUGUGAGCAUUCUUUGUCUGUAGGAUGUUGGAGUAAAGGAGGCACCACUUCCUACAGGAUGUUCUCUGCAGCCUUCCAGCCCUUGGACCCUGAUGGGACUGUCUUCCGGCUUCGCUUCACGGCCAUGCUCUGGUGGGUCAUCACUUUCCCCGUGUUCGGCUUCUUCUUCUGCAUCAUCUGGUCCCUGGUGUUCCACUUUGAGUACACGGUGGCUACUGACUGUGGGGUGCCCAAUUACCUGCCUUCCGUGAGCUCGGCCAUCGGUGGGGAGGUGCCCCAGCGCUAUGUGUGGCGCUUCUGCAUCGGCCUGCACUCCGCGCCCCGCUUCUUGGUGGCCUUCGCCUACUGGAACCACUACCUCAGCUGCACCUCCUCGUGUCCUAGCUACCGACUGCUUUGCUGCCUCAACUUCAGCCUCAACGUCAUCGAGAACCUCGCGCUGCUAGUGCUCACCUAUGUCUCCUCUUCUGAGGACUUCACUGUCCACGAAAAUGCUUUCAUUGUGUUCAUUGCCACAUCCCUCAGUCACAUGCUCCUCACCUGCAUUAUCUGGCGGCUGACCAAGAAGCACACAGUAAGUCAGGAGGAUCACAAGUCCUACAACUGGAAACAGCGGCUCUUCAUCAUCAACUUCGUCUCCUUCUUCUCGGCGCUGUUCGUCUACUUUCGGCACAACAUGUAUUGUGAGACUGGAGUGUAUACCAUCUUUGCCAUCCUGGAGUACACUGUUGUCCUAACCAACAUGGCAUUCCACAUGACAGCCUGGUGGGACUUCGGGAACAAGGAGCUUCUCAUUACCUCCCAGCCUGAGGAAAAGCGAUUCUAAACCCUUCUCCUGCUUGGGUGGGGGUCAGGGGCACUGCCUAGAGACUAGAAACGAAAUACCACUCUGGCCUUUCCCACCUCCUGUGUCCUCUCUGGGCCCUACUGAAACUGGGAAAGGGGAGAAGGAAGAGGGCAUAGGACAUGGCUUUACCCAGCCCUAUAUCACCUCCUUCUUCCCAACCCACGUGAAGGCACAGGAACCUUUAAGUAGCAUCACCCUUACCAGAGAGGCCCCAAGAAACUGAGCUGGCAGGAGAGCUCCACCAUCUGGUGCUAAAAAAAAGUCCUGAGGUUCAUAACCACCAUCCGGUUCUUGGCCUUAACAUAGCCACCUCUCUUUGAGGUCAGGGACCACUGAGCAGUGGCUGCCACCUGAAAACCACAGUCAUUCUCUUCACGUGGCCAUUCACUUGAUCAAUGUUUCUAAUAACCUAUUCUGCACAUCCAGGCCUAUGGCCACAGUUCCCUACUAAGGUUGCCCAGAUCGUCUAGUCCUGACUUCAUCUCUGAUGAUGGGGGGUGGGCAGGUAUGAUUUCCAAGGGCUCUGCCAGUGUGUGCUUCUGACACCACCUUGUGGAGGAGGUGGUCUGUACCUGAAAGCUGAGCUGCUCCAUAGAAAACACUGGCACGGCACAUACUUCUCUUUCCUUAUGAAAAUCUUUGACUUACAGACUCGUCCUUGGCAAAAGUGUGGGGUGGAAGAGUCAAGCACAGAUUCCCAUCCCCCAACUAGUGCCCCCCCACCAACCUCUGUACUAUCCCAGGCCCUGAACUCUUUUGAUUGUACAUUCUAUUUUAAAGGAAAAUAAAAAAAAAUUUUUUUGGCCAACA